GGGACGUCAUGGAUCUGGGAAAAAAGCUCAGCACUCCUAAAGACAUUAUGUUUGAGGAGUUGUCGUUGCUUUCCAACAGAGGUUCCCGGCUUUUCAAAAUGCGUCAGAGGAGAUCUGAAAAAUACACAUUUGAAAGUAUCCAAAAUGAAGCAAAUGCACAGCUAAAUAAUGAUAUUUUACCAGAGAACAUGCACACUGUUGAAAUUAAAGUGGAUGCACCAGCCGAAGGAAACACUGUUAAUCAAGACAGCACAGUUUCAGACACGACUGCAGAGAAGAUGCAUAAAUGCUACAACUCUCCAUGGGCAGAGGCCAUGCUCAGUGAUCCAGACCUCGCUGAAACUCUCAAUCUGAGAAUGCCUGUACUGGACCCAAGGCCAGACCUCCCUGAGUAUAAAAGCUUUAACCGGGUUGCCACUCCGUAUGGUGGCUUUGAAAAAACUCCUAGAGGCAUCACAUUCAAACUCCCUCCUGUGGACCUGAACCCACCAGGGUACCCUGAGCUCCAGGAUCAAGGAAUGAAGCGCCCUACCUUCAACAGGACAGCCCAGGGAUGGAUAUCUGAGGGCACCCAUCUGAUCCUUCCCACUGUUACACUGGAGCCCACAGUCCCAGAGUCUGAUGACCUGUAAAGGGCCGAGCAGUCAAUAGUAGUGCAGUUGCAAUUCCUUACCAAUAUUUUGGAUGUUUCCCAAUCAACGGACAACAAAAUGUGUCAUGCAUCUAUUCUGCAGUUGGCCAUUACUGUCUGUUUGCUGUACACUGAAAAAAAACUGUAUCCAAAGAAAAUGUAAAUAACAAAAUGAAUGUGCUACAAAUAAUUCAAGAAUUUCCACUUAUACUGACAAAAAACUGUACAUUUUAUAAAUGUUCAAAUUAAUUGAUGAAUAUGUGAUGUAAAUAAAGAAUGCAACUUAUUUAUUAAUGUCACACAAUCAAAACUGGAACAUAC